AUGCCCCUUAUAAUUUCACAUCUUCGCUUAACAUUUUUAUCAAAUAUGUUCGCUAAGAAUGCUUGUAAUAAUACAGAAGAUCAAGUCUUAAUUGAUCGUGAAUAUUUUCAAAAAUAUUUUGGUGAUAAAUGUCUCGAGGAAAAUGGGCAAAUAAAAUUUGAAUUCUUUGCGAAUCUUUACCCUAUAAUUGAUACAUCAGAAAAGGAUCUAUCGGUUAAUGAGCAGGAUAAAUUGAUAAAUAAAUUUAUAGGAGAAUUUGAAAUUAGAUUGAAGAGAACACGUAUAAUGCUUGAUCAACAAUUUAUGGGUAAUUUUUGGAAUUUGUUAAAAUUUGGAAAUUUACUAAAAUUUUUAGAUAAUACAUUGAGAAGUGAGAUGGAUAGAUUUAAUUCGGAAAAUAAAUUGAUAACCAAAGUUUUGAAUGAUAAAUGGAAAAAUUCCAAUUUAUAUGAAAUAUUAAAUCAGUUUUACAUUGAAUUUGAAGGAGUUGAAAGGGCAAAUGAAAAUAAUAGAAAUGGUGAGAAGAAAAAAAUUAUAAAAAUUGAUGAAGGGAAGGAUCAUGGAAAGGAUGAUGGAAAGUUGAGGAAAUAUUUGGAUAAAAUUUAUCAUUUGGACGAUGAUGUAAAAGCUAAAAGGAAGGAAGCUAUUCAAUGGAUAGAAAAACAAGUAGAAAUGUGGCUGAAUAAACAAUGUAGUUCUGUUGGUAUUAAAUAUAAAGGUACUUUAUAA